UUGUGAAAUCCCUUCAUCCUACUCCCUACUCCUCUUGAAUCUUGAUCACCUUCUUCGUAACUAUCACACAGGAUAAGGUUUCCCCAAUUCCCUCCAUUUCUUCAACCUUCAACCAUGCUCUCUUUAGCUCUGAAUUCUCCCAAACCUACCCCCACUUUCCUCCAUUCACCCUUCCUUUCCUCACCGCUUCCUCUCACUUCCCACCACAGACCCAAUAAACCCUUCCGAAAACCCAUCUCAGCCACACUUAUCCCCGCCUCUAAGCCACCGUCUCAAAAACUCUACCAACCCUUUCGCCCUCCGACAUCGCAAUCUCCAAUACCACCCCAAUAUCGUAACCUCGACACAGAAGCUCGCCUCGAUGUUCUUUCAAAUCGCCUUGGCCUGUGGUUCGAAUACGCCCCUCUCAUUCCUCCAUUGAUUCUGGAAGGAUUUGCCCCAUCCACCCUCGAAGAAGUUACCGGCAUCAGUGGUGUUGAGCAGAAUCGACUCGUUGUAGCUGCUCAGGUUAGGGAGUCCUUGGUUCAGUCAGGUGUUGAUGAGGAAACCCUCGAGUUUUACGAUAAGGGUGGUGCGGAGUUGCUGUAUGAGAUAAGGUUGUUGAGUGUGAACCAGCGUGCCGCAGCUGCGAGAUACAUGCUUGAAAAUAAAUUUGAACCAAGUGAUGCUCAGGAACUUGCUAGGGCAAUCAAGGAUUUCCCCCGUCGACGCGGUGAUCGUGGAUGGGAUUAUUUUGAUUACACGAUUCCGGCUGAUUGUUUGGCCUUUAUGUACUACAGACAAGCUCUUGAAAAUCGGGAUACAGAGUCGAAAAUAUCUGUAUUGCAAAAGGCUUUGUCUGUGGCUGUGUCUGAGCCAGCAAAAGCGUGGGUGACAAAGGAAUUGGAUGGAAACGAUGGUGAUGGAGAAGGACAGGGAAGAGAUGGAGGCGUUGUUGAUGGAGUGAAAGUUCCUGUAGUGAGGUUAAAUCUGGGGGAGAUUGCAGAGGCUACGGUGGUUGCAGUUUUGCCGGUUUGUGGAGCGGGUGAGAGAGACAAAGGGGUGAAGGAUGCACCAUGGGAAACUGGGUGCAAAGGGGAUUUUGGUAUAGUGGAGGCUGAGAAAGACUGGAGGAGAUGGGUGGUGUUGCCGGCGUGGGAGCCAGUGAUAGGGUUGAAGAGAGGCGGAGUAGUGGUGGCCUUUUCUGAUGCGAGGGCUUUGCCAUGGAGAGUUAAUAGGUGGUACAAGGAGGAGGCUAUCUUGGUGGUGGCUGAUCGAAGUAGGAAAGAGGUGGCAGCUGAUGAUGGAUUCUAUCUGGUAUUGAGUGAAGAUGAAUUGAAGGUGGAUAGAGGAUCGACAUUGAAGGAGAAAGGUAUUCAAGAAAGUCUUGGAACUGUGGUUAUUGUUGUUAGGCCACCAAGAGAAGAUAAUGACAGUGAAUUAGCAGAAGAGGAUUGGGAAUGAAACCCUAGAUGGAAUUGAAUUAUUAGAUGAGUUUCAAUGGAGGAGAUUUUGUUGAUCCUUCUUCUUCUUCUUCUUCUCAUUGGCCUUGAGGUUUGUGUAUUGAUGCUUUUUUCAUUUUAGCUGCAAAUAUACACUUGUAUUUAUUUAUAUGUUGUACCAUCUAUAAUCUAUAAUUGGUGUUUCAUGUAGAAGUACAACGAGUUUUAAUUUAAUGCUAUUUUUCUGAGUAA